ACAGAGAGGAGGCUGGACGUUAUGUCUAACCACUGUGCUGCGUAUUUUUUGUUCACCAACUCUCCAUAUCCCAGGAUGAAGUUGUGUGGGUGUGUGUGUGUCUGUGUGGCGAAGAGUUGCUGGCUCAGCUCAAGCUUCCUCGCACCAUCCAGGAGGCCAAGACCCGCCAUGAACUCGGCUCUCUCUCGCUGCUCGGACAAGCAGAGGGAGGUGUUCCACGCGCCCUUCUGCACCACCUGGUUCUGUACGGCCUGGACGGGGCUCUUCUGCCCGCUCUGCCUCGCCUGCCACUCCUGCUUCCAGAGGGACAAGGACUCACUCAAGGUCUCCCUCAAAACCAUCGCACAGAACUUCAGGGACCGCGGCGUCACUUUCAAGGUGAGGAGCUGCAGCAGCAUUUGCAGCAGCAGCAGCAGCAGCAUGGCAGAGCAGAGGCCCGGGGUGGGAGGCAGAAGGCAGUGUGCUCGUCAAGUUUGUCACCACGGAGAACCAAUACACAGUGGUGGGCACCUCAGUGCUGGUGGGAGUGAACAGCAACCUUACUAGUCUGAAUGAAAUUGUCCACGUGUUCAUGAGACGAGGCAAGUUAUUGGUUGUGGCCUGUUUGCAACACUUCCACUGUUAUUUCUUGUUAUAUCCAUCGUCUGUGUCACUGUUUUCAUUGAUUGCAUCAUUACCAUAUUUGACGACUUACAAAAUGCAUGGGCUUAUAUAAGACGCACCUCAGUUUAGGCAGGCAUUGAAAAAAAAUAAAUAAAUAAAUAAGCAGGUUUAAGGUCUGAAUAUGAAGUGAAGGGUUUCACCUGACAUUUGAAGCCCUCUCAUAUGUACUAUUCAUAUCCUUAUUAGAUCCCAAUAUUGUACAUUUAAAAGCCUUAAUAUUUGCUAGGACCUGCCAACACUGGUGCUGAGACCAAUCCUGCUGUGAGAUGUAAACAUAUAUGGCGUAGGCAGUGACACUAAGAGCCCAGAGGGCUAAUGAAGUUUGUACAUCAUAUUUUUCAUCAUCAUUCUGCACGUAAUUCUAGUUGUAAUAUUUUAGUACAUUUUCAAAGCGUAAGGAUGUGUGAAAAUAGAUUUUCCUUGUUCUCUACAACAUAUUUUUAUUUGAAAUAUUCAUUGCAGACCGUCACCACGAGCUGCCCUGCCUCAUUAUGCUCUCUUCACCUUUUUGAGUUUUGUUGGACAUGUAUGCAAGGGAAGAUUGUUAGAGGAUAGGCACAAUUUUAGUUGUAUGAAGGUGUGUCUUACCUCAAGGAAUAAUUGGAUCACACUAAGGAACGCAGUGAAUCUUUCGUGUCGCCAAGUUUGGUGUGUGACCCACUGCGAGUUUGUUUUGGUACAUGCAACAUAAGCGUCGUCAGGUAAUUUCUUCCUGAUUGGUGUUAUUUUGUGUGAAUUACCAUUAAGUGCUACCUGUUUUACAUUGUUACCUUGCAAAAGAGAGUUGUUUUUGUGGUGUAGAAGUGGUCAUCACUGUUUACAUGUGUUAAGAUGUUUGAGGUAUUAUUUAAGGGCCACUGUCCCAAAGCUUCUUAACCUUCACCUAAUAAGAUGCAGGCUCAUUUUUUGACUCUUAUUUUGGAAAAGAGGUGCAUUUCAUAAGCCAUCAAAUAUGGUACAUACACCCACCCUUGGGGAACCACACUUAAUAUCGGGCUCCACACUGAUGUCUGGUCCCUUACUACCAUUCACAUUCUCCCUCUAUCUCUCUCUCUCUCUCUCUCUCUCUCUCUCUCUCUCUCUCUCUCUCUCUCUCUCUCUCUCUCUCUCUCUCUCUCUCUCUCUCUCUCUCUCUCUCCAUUGUCUUUCAUACAUCACUUACCUUCUCCAGUUUCCAUAGAAGUCUUUUAAGUGGUACCUUAUUAAAAGCUUUUCUUCAGUCUAGGUAAAUGCAGCCUGCCCAACCAUCUUUCCCUCUCUCUCCUGUAUUAUAUCAAACACUCUUGAAUAAUAACACAACAGAUUGGUGAGACAAGAUCUCUCCUUGCUAAAACUAAAUUGACAACUUGUUAAGAAUUUUAUCUUCCAAAAAUUUGGUCCAUAUUUUUUAUUUUUAUUUUAUUUAUUUAUUUUUUUUUUUAUCCUUUCCUUUUAUUAUCCUUUUUGGUACCACACUCAUCAGGAAAACUGGUUUGUAAUUUAGUGGGUCUUGUGUGUCUCCUUUAAAUAUGGGCAUGAGGUUAGCUCUUCCAAUCCUGUGGAUCUAAUAGAGGUACACUUGAUGGAAUGUAUUUUAUUUUUACGCUGGUUACUGCACUCUUUCAAUACCCAUCCUGACACUCCAUCCAGUUCUAGAUCUUUCUUACAACUAAAGUUUUGAUGGUCUCAUUAAUUUCCUGUAUUGUUACUUGAAAUUCCUCCAUUUUUCUCUUUUCCUGUACAUGCAGUGACCUUAUGAAUUCCUUUUCCUUUGUAAAAACUUCCUUGAAGCUCUUAUUUUUCCCUUCCGUCAUCUCCUUGGGGUCCUUGUAUACCACUCCAUCCAUCCUUAGUUUUUCUAUGCUCACUCCCUUUGCUUUUCAGUUUACCAUUGACAUGUCUGUAGAAGAGUUCAGGCUGAUGCUUACACCUGUCUAUUACAGUAAAAUCCCUCUCAUCCAGCAUUCGAGUAUCUGGCAGCUUCAAGUAUCCGGCACAUUUUUCCCCGAGCCUUAAAAUCAAUAAAAAAUCAAUGUGUACUCAUAAAUCAAUUAAAAUUCCCGCGCGAGCCAUACUUUGUCCCCUCACCACCAGAGCGCACUGCUUCACACCACCUGCGGCCCACUGCACUGUGUUUACUCAGUGACUCAGUCCCUCGUGUGCACUGUUUAUUGCCUGACACCUUCAUCAUACCUAAAGUUGUAGAAAAGAGGAAGCGUGUCGUGCUUACACUUAAGCAGCUGAUCAGAUCAGCUGCUGAUUAAGACCAGCUGAUCUUUAAUAUGGUAAGAUGCGUGAGUGUAGGGUGAUGAUUGUGGACAUAAUUUCACUUCUAUUCAAGUAUCCGGCAAUAUUCAAGUAUCCGGCAUGUCGGCGGUCCCGUUGAUGCCGGAUAAGAGGGAUUUUACUGUAUAUCUUUUUUAAAACUGCCUUAGUUCAUCUCUCUGGAUUUUCAUAUAAUCAUAUCUUGCUUGUUUGUAAUUAUUCCAUAAGUUAAUUCUUAUAUUUUUCCUCCACUUUUUCCUUGAAUCAUCUUUUAUCCUCCUUGCUACUUCACAUCUUUUUUAUCAAACCACUCUUACCAACUUUUUGUCUGCCAUUUAGACACAAACUUCUUUUCUCCUCAGUAUAUUUUAAGAAACUUGUGCCACUUUCUUGGACCCCUGUGGCCUUAUGGAACACAUCCCAUCUCUCUUCUUGAAAAACUUCAUGUUGUCAAAGUCUGCCCCACUGUAGUUUAAUCUCCAAGCUUGGUGUUCUUCAUUCCAUUUACCCUCUAUUUCCUCAUUUAUGUUGAAUUCCAUGGUAGCGCAGUCAUUUUUGGCUAUCAGAUGCUCUCUCUGAACACUCUCAAUUCCUUGUGGUUCCUUUGCUAAAUACAUUUAGUCUCAAUGUUUUUCCAUUUUUUCCAAAUCUUGUAUCACUUUUAUCCAUUGUGUUAAUACAUUGUCCAUUGCCAGCUGUAAUAAUUUAUUCCCCCAAGAUGACUCUGUUCCCUGAGUGCAUCACUCUUCCCAGCACACCUCCUUACACAAGUCUCCAUCCAUAACCACUUUAUCACCACUUGGUAUUUUCUCUUGCCAGUUCUUUGUGUCUUUUAUCAUUGCUUCACAUUCUUCACUUGACCAGGCAUUGGUUGUGGGUGGUAUGUCAGUCACCAUGAAUUGUCUCUUUCUGCCUUGUAUAAUUUCCAUUCCAGUUUUUAAUGCCUCUGCCAGUCCAUUGCCACAUUCUUUUUCAACCACUGUCAAGCUUUUCUUAGCUAAAAACAUCACUGCUCCUCCCUUCUUUAUUUUUUCUGCCUCUUUUUCAUAACUUGUAUCUAUUUUGUCCAAUGUUCUGUAGAUCUAACUCAUCACAUAAUUUUCACUUUUGUUUUUUUUCUGCCACCGACCCAUCACUCGGCACAAAGUUAACCUUGAUUCACCUCUGUUUUCCCCUUUUACUUUUCUCUUCCUCUCUACUUUUAACAUCACUUCUACCUUUUCUUACUGUUUCAUGAUGGAGACUGAAACAUUAUUUACUCAAGCUCUCCAUGCUUCAACUGGCUCACCAGAGUCAUGGAGCUGCUACCCUUAUGUCCUCCCACCUUGGCUGCACAUGUUUGUAUGUGCGUGUGUUUGUGUUUGUGUGUGUGUACUGUUUGCAUUCAGUAUAACCAAAAAGUUGGGUCAUAGGUCACAUCUGCAGCACAGUAUGGUGUUUUAGACAGGAGGGAGGCCCCUAGGAAAUAAUCUCAGUGAGCCGUGAACUCUCAGGUGACGCACUGCACACACCCAGCAUCAUGAAUUUCUAGUACAAAGCUGUUCAAGCAUACUGGUGCAACAUAUGCCUAGCCAGAUACUAUUGAUUACUGACUCCUGCCAUCCACUCCUGAAAGAUGCAAAAAUUGACAGAAAUAAUGUGAUUCACUGUGAAAGUAUUAAAAGUAUUUCCAUUGCAUUAUAUUAAUAUUAUAAGCCAAAAAUAAAAUUGGAAAUUGUUCAUUAAAUAAAUUAAUAAAUAUAUAAUAUAUAUUUUUAUAUUGUGGUAAUAAUACAAGUUAACUUUUUUUAUUAUUUCAUUUUUUGUUACAAGACUGAAAAUAUACAUAAAUAAUAUAAUAAUAAUAAUUAAUAAUAAUAAUAAUAAUAAUAAUAAUAAAAUAAUAAUAAUCGUAAACUAUUAUAAAUAUUUUCCAUUCAUUGGUAUAUUAUUUAAAAAAAAUUUCUUUACAGGCACUUCCUCCUCCUGGCUGGUCACAGCAUUAUUAUUAUUAUUAGUAGUAGUAGUAGUAUUAGUAUUAGUAUUAGUAGUAGUAGUAGUAGUAGUUGUGGUAGUGGUGGUGGUGGUGGUAGUGGUGGUAUAUAGUGGUUGUGGAAGUACUAGUUCAAAGUAGCAACAAUAGUAGUAGUAGUAAUAACACUUAAUAGGAACAUUCUAAGGUUCUGUCUUUGCAACACACACACACACACACACACACACACACACACACACACACACACACACACACACACACACACACACACACACACACACACACACACACACACACACACACACACACA